CGCCACCGGAGGACGACAACAUGGCGGCCUCCUUGCGUCUGGGUCGUCAGGGAAUUUAUUUAGGGCUUAGGGUGUCGAAAUUUAAUAAAUGUUUUUGGGCCACACACCCGUGGCAGGACCGGGUUCGGCACUUCUUUCAGUCGCCAUGGAUGCUCGGUGUCAGCCCACUCAAAGUGCAAAUGCCGGCUCUCUCCCCGACCAUGGAGGAGGGAAACAUAGUCAAAUGGCUGAAGAAGGAAGGUGAGGAAGUGGCAGCAGGCGAUGCCCUUUGUGAGAUUGAGACAGACAAGGCGGUGGUUACCAUGGAAUCUAAUGACGAUGGUGUCUUGGCAAAGAUACUGAUGGAGGAGGGCAGUCGCAACGUGCGCCUUGGCACUCUCAUUGCCCUCAUGGUGGAGGAAGGGCAGGACUGGAAGCAGGUCGAGAUCCCCCCUCCAGAUGCUGCGGCUCCACCUGCUACACAAGCGGCCGCUCCCCCAGUUGCGGCCGCCGCUGCUCCCUCCCCGCCAAAACCAGCCACGUCAGGACCGUUACGUCUGAGUCCGGCAGCGAGACACAUUCUGGACACCCACGGUUUAGACCCAAAAUUGGCCACGCCCACCGGACCAAGAGGACUUAUCACUAAAGAAGAUGCAUUGAAUCUUCUGAAGACUUCUCCUGCCCCUAAAGCGACGCCAGCCGCGGUUGCACCGGCUGCCCCGAGUCCCGUCCCCGCCCCGGCAGCUACCCCUCCUCCUCCUCCAGGCAGCAGACCCAACAUCCCUCCUCUCUCCAUACCAGGGAAACCAGGAGCACCGGGAACUUUCACGGAGGUCCCCGCCUCGAACGUCCGCCGCGUGAUCGCUCAAAGGCUAACCCAAUCGAAGACAACCAUCCCCCAUGCGUAUGCGUCUAUCGACUGCGACAUGGCCGCCGUCAUGCAGCUGCGAAAAGAUCUGGGCGAAGAACAAAUCAAAGUGUCUGUUAAUGACUUCAUCAUCAAGGCAGCUGCUGUCACACUUAAAGAAAUGCCAGAAGUGAACGUGACCUGGUCUGGUGACGGACCCCGUGCGCUGGAUUCAGUCCACAUCUCAAUUGCUGUGGCGACGGACAGAGGCCUUAUUACUCCGAUCAUCAAGGACGCCGCAAACAAAGGAGUCCAGGAGAUCUCGGCCAAUGCUAAGGCGCUGGCCCAGAAGGCUCGAGACGGGAAACUUCUGCCAGAGGAGUAUCAGGGAGGCUCAUUCAGUAUAUCUAACCUCGGGAUGUUCGGAAUCAGCGGCUUCAGCGCCGUCAUCAACCCUCCUCAGGCUUGCAUCCUGGCCGUCGGGACCUCCAGGGCCGAGCUGCGACUGUGCGAGGAGGACCAGACCCUGCGCACUCAGCAGCUGAUGACGGUUACGUUGUCCAGCGAUGGACGGCUAGUGGAUGACGAAUUAGCCUCGCGGUUUCUUGAUAAACUCCGUGCCAACCUAGAACAGCCGCAGCGCAUGGCCCUGGCCUGAGAGACCGAGGUUUGAUCCAUGAGAGUGAUCCGAAUGAUAAAGCAACAAACGCCCACAUGACAAAGCCUGGGUCGCGAGAAUGAGCCCUUAAAUAGCUUAUUACCAUUCAUGCCUAGAUUAAGGCUUGCAAACUAGCGUUGUACAUAAUGUAAAGUUAAAUUUAUGGCGUGCUUCUGACAGAUCAUCACCAGGCUUUGUGAUGGAGGAGCGAAAAAGGACUUCUGUCAGAGCAGUGGAGGAUUCUAGCAGUGGUGCCAAAUAUCACCGAGAUAGAAGUAACAAAGUGUGCCCCGUAUACUGUAAACUGGGUGGUUGCUUUACCACACUAGUGUUGUGUGUGUGUAUAUAUAUAAAAAGUCCUUAAUCCAGUUUAAGUUGACUAUUUGUCACUCCCAGUAGGUCACACAUGCAAAUUGUACGAUACAACUCCCAUGUACAUUUGUCAAAGAUAUUUAUUCCCUGAACAUGAGCGGCAAUUCAGUUUUCAAUGAAUCAAGUUUUGUUGUAAGAAUCUCGCUCAUUAAUGAUUAAUUGUUCAUGUUAAUAUGUUUUAACUUAUUUAAAAUGGACAUCACCGAGCAUAAGUCCUUCAGUUCCAUCUGUAUUCAACAUAAACUUAGCAUUUGGUGUCUUGAGAUGCCAAUAAAACCCACUGCUCAACCUUCUCA